AGUUGGAGGCAGAGGGGAAAAGGCGCCUCGUGUUCCUCCCCAGGGCGCCGUCAACCUGCCGCUGCAGCAGGACGUGGAGAAAUUCCUGCUGGAGCGUCCCAUCGUGCCCCAGGACACCGGCAAGAGGGUGAUCCUCAUCUUCCACUGCGAGUUCUCUGUUGAGCGGGGGCCCAGAAUGUGCAAAUUCCUGCGGGAGAAGGAUCGCUCCUGCCACGAGUACCCGCAGCUGCACUACCCCGAGCUCUACGUCUUGAAGGGGGGGUACCGCGAGUUCUUCUUCCAGUUCCCGGGCCACUGCGAGCCCCGGGACUACCGGCCCAUGGAGCACCCCGCGUUCAAGGAGGAGCUGCGCCAGUUCCGCGGGCAGAGCCGGCGCGGCCGGCGGGCGCUCUUCGUCCGCGGGCGGGACCUGUGAGCCCCUCGGGGGAACGAUGGAGCUGGGAUGGCAGGAAGGAUUAUUCCCUUGGCUAGAGAUGCACCUCGGCUUGGGCAUAUUUAGUGAUAUUUAGUGUUAGGACUGGGUCUGCGUUUGUUUAUUGCUGUAAUUUUUUUUUGUCUAUUAUUUUUAAUAUUUUUGUGUUUAUCGUUAUGAAUUUUUGGUGUAAUUAUUUGUUUGUUUAUUGUUAUAAAUAUUUCUGUGUUACUUGUUAUAAAUAUUUUUGUGUUUAUUGUUAUAAAUAUUUUUGUGUUUGUCAUUAAAUAUUUUUGUGUUUAUCGUCAAAUAUUUUUGUGUUUACCAUCAAAUAUUUUAUGUUUACUGUUAUAAAGAUUUUUGUGUUCAUUGCAAUGAAAUUUUGAUUAUUGGUUAUUUGGUAUGUUGGUAUAUUUGGUUAUGGGUACAUUUGUUUAUUUGUUUGUUUGCUCAUUAUACAUAUUUCUGUGUGAACUGCUAUGAAUAUUUUUUGUGUUUGUCUGUUGUUAGGGCCGUUUGUUCCAGUCUCUGUCAAUAAACUCCCGUUGCAGGAGAACAAA